AUGCUCAUCUACCCGCUUCUAAUUGCAAAAGGAUUCGGAAACAAUUGUCCAGUUCAAAGACACAUUUCUGAGGCAGGAGCCAACCACAUCCAAAUUACAGAAAUAAUAAACGCGUAUAACUUGGCUCCUGGAAUUGAAGCAAUGACUGGUUUCUCGGUUGAAAGCAGUCAUCCAACGUAUUCGAAGAACAAGGCUUUUGCAGGUGUCUAUGGCCAUGUUAAAGUGGAUGGAAACAACGCUGCUCAAAUGUAG